AAUAAGCCCAAAUAAAAAAGGCCCAUAUACAUUAUACUUAAAAUACUUAUAUUAAAGCUUCUUCUCUCUCAUUUCACUUCUUCUUUGCAGCAGCCGCAAAACCCUAGCAAUUUCUCUGGUUUUCGACUUUGCUCAAUCUAAGCUUUAAUCAUGAGUAAGCUUCAGGGAGAAGCUGUGAGAGAAGCUAUAUCUGGAAUUGCAAAUGAUGCGAAAGAGAAGAAUCGCAAGUUCACGGAGACAAUUGAGCUCCAGAUUGGUUUGAAGAAUUAUGAUCCCCAAAAGGAUAAGCGUUUCAGUGGCUCUGUUAAGUUGCCACACAUCCCUCGUCCCAAGAUGAAAGUUUGCAUGCUCGGAGAUGCACAACAUGUUGAAGAGGCUGAGAGAAUAGGUCUAGAAUGGAUGGAUGUAGAAGCAUUGAAGAAACUUAACAAGAACAAGAAGUUGGUUAAGAAGCUUGCUAAGAAGUACCAUGCUUUCCUUGCAUCUGAAGCAGUUAUUAAGCAGAUUCCCCGUUUGCUCGGUCCUGGUCUCAACAAGGCAGGCAAGUUCCCCACACUUGUCACCCACCAAGAGCCGUUGGAAAACAAAGUAAAUGAGAUCAAGGCAACCGUGAAGUUUCAGCUCAAGAAAGUUCUCUGCAUGGGAGUCGCUGUUGGUAACUGUAGUAUGGAAGAGAAGCAGAUCUUCCAAAACGUGCAAAUGAGCGUCAACUUUCUUGUUUCACUAUUGAAGAAGAAUUGGCAAAAUGUACGAUGCUUAUACCUUAAGAGUACCAUGGGCAAGCCAUACCGCAUCUUCUAAGAGAUUGCCCAUCGCCAUUUUAGGUUGAAUUGCUUUGUAGGAGUUGGAAGUUUUGUUGAUCGCCUUUGAGUACUACAAUUAUAUUUGAUGUGAGCUUUAGUAUACUUGGAUUAUGUCCUCGAAUGUAAUGGCUAAAAAAUUUCUUCUUAGUUUCAUUGUCCUUGGCAACUUUGAUAUCUAUGAUAUUUUGACCCUUUUGGCAGUUUUGAA